CUGUAAUAUGUUGCAUCCUAAUGCUUAUGCAAGGACCCAUUACAAAGAAAGCAGUUGCUCCGGCUGCUUUCACCGCCCAUGCGCGAACUCUGCAUAAGGGAUCAAAUGAUCACCUUGCAAUCGACAUCAAUUCCGAAUCUGACCGUUUGAUUAAAAACGAGGAAACUGAUGAAGAUAAAGGUCAUAUAUUCAAGCCCUUGAAUACAUCGGGUCUCGUUCCACUACAAGGGAAUAUGAUUGCAGACCGGAUUGAUGGACUUUGGGUAUCUGGUGGUCGAGCUUUGAUGAGUCGUCCGAGAGCAAGGCUUGGACUUAUGGCCUAUUGGUUGCUCUUGCAUAUAUGGCUACUAGCCACCUUAUAGCAGAGCUUGUGAUCCAUUCCCCCUACAUUGUACCAACUCGGCAACUCCGUUUCUUUUUUUCAAAAGCAAUUGUAUCAUAGACAAACUGCAUUUUAUCCUCUCUUUUCUCAUUUUUCAUUUUCAUUUUCAUUUUCAUUUUCAUUUUUGUGACUUGUAUGAUAUUUUAUGUUCAUAUCAUUUCCAUACUUCGGUUCUCUGCAUUCGGAUUUUAGGGUUUCAGAGGACCCAGGCCUCCAUGCUUAUGGAGUGUAUUUGAUGCCA